AUGCUCUGCAAAAAGACUGUCCAUGACAAGCGGGAAACCGAUUUUGUGAUUGGUAGGGCCAGCCGAGAGGUGUGUUUGCAACAGGCAGCUAAGACGCUAUGA